AUGGAUUAUGACAAGUUGAACGACAAAGACCUAAGGAAACGUGUGAAUAAAAAGCUUGGGCGCAAUGAUUAUAUACUUGUGACUGCUGGAGAUCAGAGGGUGGCACAGGAGAUGGGCAAUGCUCGGAAACUGGAGAACUUCAACGAGCAGGAAUCCCUCAACCUAUUCAAGCAAGCAUUCGAAUCUAAUUGUCAAGAGAAAUUACGCUGA